AUGAUUCUGUGGUUAUUGCUUUCAUUGUCGAUCACUGCAAAUGGUGCAUCCAUCCCACCACAACCGGUAAUUCCAACGGCAAGCGCUUGCCUACAAGGCUGUUUCGCGUCAGGAAGCAUCGUCAACGCCGCCUUCGAUCUACUCAACUUCAAGAGCAUCGCAGUUGACAUUGAGAAUUUCUGCAGUUUGAACUCCGCAUUGCUGAAAUGUGGACGGGAAUGUCCAUCGGAACAAAUACCCGAACUGGAGGCGAGGACCCAUGAAAGCUCAUUCAUUUGCAGUAAUAAAGUAGAAGAGUUCCGCCUGGUAUCUGGAUGUUGGGGGGUCAACUGA